GAUGACGUGAAGCGAUGUAGUCUUGCUGUGUUGUCACCAUCUGUUUGCACGGGAACAAAGUGCUUCAAAGCAAACAUGAUGAAAUAAACAGACGUGUCAAGUCUCGGAAAACGGCAAGGCUACAUUACAUUAGGGCUCCAGAGCUGAAAUUACAACCAGAGGGAAAUAGCGCUAUUUUAUUUUCGUAAUUACGUAACGUUACUGUAAAGUUUCUGCGUGAUUCGGGAAGACUCUUGCGCAAUAUUGUACAUCUGUGCGUCUGAAUGUCAGUGAACGUAAUGCAAUUUUAAACCCGUAUGUGCAUUUCCACGUGUUUGGUGUCUGACAGUAAGUGCGCAAUUGUUGUGAGUGUCCGUCCAGUGCGCGAGGAUGAACGUGGGCACGGCGCACAGCGAGGUCAAUCCAAACACGCGAGUGAUGAACAGCAGGGGAAUAUGGCUCUCAUAUGUGCUUGGCAUCGGCCUCCUACACAUCAUAUUGCUCAGCAUACCGUUCGUCAGCGUUCCUGUGGUCUGGACCCUCACCAACCUCAUCCACAACUUGUGCAUGUAUAUCUUCCUACACACGGUAAAAGGAACGCCGUUUGAGACUCCAGACCAAGGCAAGGCCCGGCUUCUGACUCACUGGGAACAGAUGGACUACGGGGUCCAGUUCACCGCCUCUCGAAAGUUUCUCACCAUCACCCCUAUUAUACUGUACUUCCUGACCAGUUUCUAUACGAAGUAUGACAGGGUCCACUUCAUCAUCAACACCAUUUCCCUGCUCACUGUGCUUAUCCCCAAACUGCCUCAGUUCCACGGGGUCCGUCUCUUUGGGAUUAAUAAGUACUGACGAGGCUUUGAUCUUCAACACGAGGAUGUGUGGCCACUUGUUCUGUGGGAAUAAAAAAGGGGAAAUUUAGAGCUUCAUUGGAUGCUUUGCUGCGGUGGCCGGACAAUCUGCUAUGGUAUCACUUUUAUUGAUGCUUUUUUGUGUAACGUUCAGUAGAUACAAACACAUUUGUAGAACCACCAACAGAAUGCAGCAAAAGAAGGUCUUUGGAUAUGUAAGAACCACUGUUACGGACUGUAUUGAAACAGAAUGUUGGUUAACAGUGUUAUCUAUGCCAUUGGGAACCAUGUGUUAGAUUUCAGUCACUUUGGCAGAAAUGUUGCAUUGAUGCAAUGAAUCAGAUGGGUCCAAAUAGGCUGAUUCUUAACUGUUACUUAACUGUUGAGUCAGUACUUCCCAAUGUUCAGCAUAAGGUGUUUAGCAAGAGAAAAAAGGUUCUGUUUUCUAAAGAAAGUGUACAAGGCUAUUCUUAGCACAGGUGCAAAAGACUGGCUUCAAUCCAAUAGUUGGACAGUGUUGGAUUCAUGUAACAACCAAGAAGAGUGGACUUUGAUAGGGAAUAUUGGAUCAGAUAAUUUUUCCCCUAAGAGAGAAACUGCAGUCUAACUGUACAUAUAACAUUUGGACCCUAAUAUGUCUCACUGGACACUUCAUGUCCAGGUCUUAGUGAGGAUAGAUUAAAUGUUAAUGCAGUUUA